GAAACAGAGAACGAGCGUAAUGCCCAAUCAAACAAGACUUCAAUUUUAAAUGAGAACUGAUACUUUGUUCUGUUGUAAUACCUAAAACCAGAAAACCGACCUAAUAACUGACAUCUACCAUCAAGUCUUACAUAUCUGAGGAAUACAUUUUAUCCAAUAUCUGUUGGAUGUUGAGGAACUCCAGCUGCCUCUGGCCGACAGCUGUUUGAUGGGACCUCAAGAGGGAGAGAAGGACUGGGUGGAUGUGGCAAAUGAUCUGUUCAACAAGUGUCACGUGAACCUGAGGCUGAGGAAACUGACAGAUUGUGAUGCACAGGUGUUCACUGCUUUGUAUGAGAACAUUUUGGGGGAAAAGGUUCCAGAUUAUAUUGCAGAACCAUGCAGUCAAGAGGACGAUGUUCACAAUGUUCAGUCUGUAAUUGAUUCCCUCUCUCUGGAUUACCUUCAGAUCAGCCUCUCACACAUAACAGGAGAAAAUGUUGUCAGGGGAGACAAGGAGUCUAUCAAAAACCUACUGGAAAUCUUCGAUGGCCUUGUGGAAUACCUCAAUGAGGAGAUAAAUGAGGAGUCACAGAUAAUUGAGAGGGAACAGACUGACAAGUUGACCGAAAAUGUCUUCAAUCAAAGUAACGAAUCAACAAGCUACACUAUCAAAGAGCACAAGGAGGGAGUGUCUUCACCUUCCACUGAAGAGUCUGUUUCCCAGGCCAGUAAAAACUCCCUUAGUCACUGGAACAAAGAGACGGAUCGACCUUCUGUUCCAACAUUUGGGUCGGAGGACACUCCUUCCAUGUUUACAGGCAAACAAGAAGGACUGGCUUCUCAUCCUCAUGCUUCAGUAGCCAUCGACGGCUCUGGUCCUUUGGAUGCUCAGGAUGCUGUGACUGAACCUGUGCACUUGGCUGUUGCACUGAAGCCUCCCAACCAGAGUCAAACUCUUUACACACCACAGACAGACUCUCGCCCUCUCAUGCAUACUGCAAAUGGUGCUGGUGUCAGUUCUGAACAAACAGAGGAAAGUUUGAGGAAUGUUUCAACAGAGAUCCCCAAACCAGCAGACCAGACCGCGGUUACCAAUGGAUUCCUGUCCCCUCCCUCUUCUCAGUCAGCAGAUGUGGCUGAGGAGUCCUUACCCAGUCAUCACAGAGCUACAGCCAGUGUGGUGGAAGACUCACUUGGGCAAACCAACACAGUACCAAGAUGGUCAUUAUUGCUCAACCAUCCAGAUGAGUGUUUUAUACCCGAGCAGAAUGGUGCAACGUCCACUUCUCCACCAGACACUGAUGAAGAAAGAGAGGACUAUCUCCGUAAUAAUAGAAUAUUUCAGGGCAAAAGGUCUCAUCACAUGAAAGACCACAGUAAACUGCCAGAGGAACGUUUCAAAGAUCCUCCGUUGUAUUGCAGACAAAGAAACAGGAAAGCAGAAGAGGAACUGCAUCUUAUAUCUGAAAAUCUCUCUCACAGGCUUGAGGAACUAGAUGAGAUGCUUAAACGGGUUCUUGAAGAAGCAGGAGAGGACAGUGAGGUCAGAGAAGCUGACACGGAAUGUCACAGGAGUUCCAGAGGGCACAUGGGUGUUAGUUUCUUCCUUCCCGGAGAGCCAGAGAACGCAACGGCAGCGGGUUCGAGUCUGGAUGAGAGGAGACAAACCAACCUAACAGUUACUGAUCAUUCAAAACGAGACAAGUCUGGUCACAAACCGUCCCACAGAAAUCACAUUAAGCAUCCACGCAAUAAAGCCUAUGAGGAAGAACUGAAAAGAUUUGAAGACAAAAAGCGAGCAGCACUGGACGAGGCUCACCUCACAGCACAGGAGGUUGAGCAGGAGUACUGUGAGACCAUGGAGAAGGAUGUCCCUCAGCUGUUCUCAGGUAGCAAGAAGGUCCACCGCAAGUCACGUCAAACACAAACAGGCUCAGUAAUGAGACGACAUAAUCUCCCCAGGAACGCUCCAUCCAUAAAUGUUCGGGAGAAUGAACUCCUCCCUGUGCUCCUGAAAGAAAUGCCACACCUCCAGAUUUCCCCUGAGGCCCUGGGUCGGAUGUGGGAGCAGCAGCUGCAGCAGGUGGACAGACUUCACUCCAUGUCUUUGUCUCAAAGCCAGAAUCACCAUAAACUCAUCAGUCAGCUGGAGGAAGAACGGAGAAAACAUGACUUGCUGGUGGAGAUUACCCGCAAAGAGCGAGACCACAACAGACGUUUGAGGGAGUUCAAAGAGCACAUCCAGCAACAAAGGUCGUCACAAAAUCGACUGAAAGAACAGAGACAGCAGAUCGCACGGGCGAAGAAGUACCACAGAGAAUACCACGUCCAACACCGCGCUCGUUUGAUGAGGGCACGCACUAAGGAGGAGAAGAUGUUUCAGAACCUGUUCAAGGAAGGAUUGGAGAUUCAAAAAGCUCGUUUGAGAGAACAGAGGACCUAUGCCAAGGAGCAGCAACUGGAGAGUCAGAAACGUCACCAGGAUCGCAUGACGUCCAUGGAGAACUACUACAAAGACCAAUUUUCACUGUUGGCUGAUAGACUUGCACAAGAGCAGCAGGAGAUUCAGGUUCGGAAAAAAGCUCAAGAAAAGGCACUACAGAAGUUGAAGCGAGAGCUGCGCUCGAGGAUGGAGCGUGACAUUACUGAACUGCAGAAAGUCAUUGUCCGAAAUGAUGAAGACGACUACUUUGAGGAUUUAGAGGUCCAGAGUCUGCGAAAUCGGAUCAGCAGGGCGUCUUUCAAGACAAGCCCCCGUCCUUGAAGGGUGAACAGGGUUGUUGUUCCUAGUUGGAUGCAACAGUGAACAAAUACUGUUCAUACAACUUAAAGGUAUGAGGUACCGAGGGCUGAGCACAGAUGUAGAGGAGACACAUUGAGGUCUUCUCAAUGUCCUGACUGAUCAUGAAUGGAAAAGAAAUAUGCGACCAAGUGCAACCUUUGACUAACUCUUUCUCACAGCUGCUAUGUGUUAACUCCAUUGGACCAAGUCACUUUUUUAAAUGGUUUUAUUAUUAUUAUGACAUUCACAGGAAUUCAGUAAAAUGUUCUUCUUCCUGCCAAACAGGGACCACAUUAAUGCAAAGUUAGUCAUCUGCAAGGUGUUUAACCUCAUUUUUAUCCUCAUGUACGAUGUCUUCCUUAAUAUUUUAACCAUGCCAGAAGAGUAUUUAUUUUUUAACUUUAUUGUUGUUGAUUGACAUGGUUUGUACUUAAUGAUCAACAAAGUGAUGAUAAUCAUGUGAGAAAUAACGUCUCUGUUUUGCAUGCAGAUUUUGAAUUGUUUCUUCAGGUUUUUGAAGUGUGAAGUGUUUUUCUGCAAAAAGUGUGAUAUUCAAAGGUUCAAUUCCCUGUCUGUUUGAAUAAGUAAUCAGGCAGCCAAAAUACUAAUCACGUAAAAACAGGCAGGAGCAUUUUUAUAGUACUCUAACACACGUGUUGUUGGCUGCACUUCUUAGUGCACCCUGGGGGUUUCAGUGGUUGGUGAACACACACUACAGUCCUGCCGAAUCUGGGAAUCAAACCAGCAACUCUAAUUACAAGCCCAAUCUUUUACUGCUAUUUUGAGGACAGUCGGCUACAAACUACAGUGACAGCAGUUUAGUUUUAUGGUUGAGAUGUAGUUACAGUAGAGUUUUGGUGCGUCAACUAAAGAAUUGCUCAUAACUACAGUCAAUUUUAUACACAAUCUCAUGAUUUUGGAAAAAUUAAAAUAAUUCAAAAUAAAAUCUUAAUUUUCCUCCUGUAGUGCUUCGCCUGCUGUUUGUGGGUGUUUCUGUUUGAACUGUGUAUUUUGUCUUCAGCUGUUGAAAUCCUGAAUUGGGUUGAGAUCAGGUGGCUGAAUUAUAAUAACAAAAAAUAAAACAAUUCAUUUAUGUAGCAUCUUUCAAAACACUCAAGUAAUGAUUGUGCAAAUAGCUGUAGAUUGUAACCUUCUUUACAAAGAUGAGCUUUGAGUAUCGACGUAACAAAUAGGGUGGAUCAUAACCAUAGACCAGGGGUCGGCAACCUCGACCACUCAAAGAGACAUUUGGACUGUUUCGCACAGAAAAAAAACACUGAGAGCUUAGUCAAUAAAUGUCCAAAUGUUCAAUUUUUUUAUUGUAAAUGCAAAAUAUUCUCUUCAAAAUUUCUAGUACUUUAAUAUUUUUGGAUUUGUAAUUGGAUUUGUAAUCCAUUUUCCCAGCGUGGAUCUGUUAGUUUAUAAUUGAUAAUUAACUUAAUUGAUAUUAAGUCGUAUAAAAAGUGUCACAUUUUUAGAAGGAAUAUAGACAAUGAGGGCUGUGUUAAAUUUUUCAUAAAACAGUCACACAAAAAAUAGAUCUAACUUAUUUUCCUAACAGCAAAUAAUGAGGCUUCUUGUGUGUCUAAACUUAUAACUUUAUCACAGUUGUGUGUUUGCUGCUGUCAAAUCAAGGUUAUUAACCAACACAAGGUAAAUAUACAGGAAUAAAGACCUUUGGUCCAGAUCAAUAACAACUCUCAUUGGCCUCUGAUUGGCUCACAAUACCCUCAAAAAAAGCCUGACCUAGUCCUUAUAUGCUGGCUCUAUUCUGGGUACUUGAUGUAAAAGAUUUCACCAGCUUCAACAGGAUGGCUCGAAUUGUGGCUUUGUUUCUCCUGUGCCAAAUACUUUCACCCACAACUGUUACAUCUAAGAAAGUAUGUGGCCGUCCACCGGUCACUGAUGGGAUUGAAGAGUCAGCCAUAAAACGAGUUUAUGAGGUUGGAGAAACAGUGACCCUUACAUGUGGGCAGGGUUACAACCCAUCAACGUCACAUGCGACACAACGCGUGACCUGCACUGGCACAGGGGAAUGGACCCAGUCAAAUUUGGCUUGUUCUCCUAAAAUGUGUCCGAUUCCCCGACCAUUGCAGCCUUUAGCAAUGGGCAAGACAGAGGCUCCUUUCAAGACCGUACUUAACUACACAUGUGACAGUGGGUAUGUCAUGCAGGGAGCCAAUGAGAGCAGGUGUUUACAUGAUGGUACCUGGAGCAGUCCUCCCCCUAUGUGUAAAGCUGUGUACUGUCCACUGCCUAAGCCACCAAAAGACGGAAGAAUUGUCCAUGAAAAGACUCUCACAGGAAAUACUGUCAUGUA